CAUUUGAUUGGCUAAUUUGGAGUUCAGCGGGACAUGUGAAAUAUUGCGCCAAAUUUGAUGUAAACAAAGAACUAUCAACUUCAUGUACAGGAUUAGCAGAGACGAUGAUUGGGCUACAACACUUAAAUCUAGAAAAUGUCAAGAAACCUUCUAGUAAAGAUAAAGGCUUCACAGUUGCAGUGGAAGGAAAUAUUGGAAGUGGAAAGAGCACAUUUUUACAGUAUUUUAAAAACUUUCCAGAAGUUGAUUUGAUACCAGAACCUGUCAGUAAAUGGAAGGAUGUCAAUGGCUUUAAUACUUUGGAAAUGAUGUAUAAAGAUGCCAGUAGAUGGAGUCUGGCAUUCCAGUCCUACGUACAGCUUACAAUGGCAGAGGGACACAGAAAAGAUCUCAAAGAUAAGCACAAGUCUUUAAAGAUGAUGGAGAGAAGUAUAUUCAGUGCCAGAUAUUGUUUUGUAGAGAAUCUCAGAAGACAGGAUCUAAUGGAAGAAGUAGAUUACUGUAUUUUAUCAGAAUUUUACAAAUGGAUUUUAAAUCAUGAAGAUACCAACGUUGAUCUAAUUGUUUACCUUAGAGCAGAUCCACAUACAUGUCAAGAGAGAAUCAGAAAGAGAAACAGACAUGAAGAAAAAGACGUGCCAAUAGAAUAUUUACAGUCUUUACAUGACCUUCAUGAGGAUUGGUUGAUGCACCAAAAACAGUUUGAACUGCCAGCUCCAGUAAUUGUGAUAGAAGCUAAUGAAGAUAUAUCUAAGUUGUACCCAAAGUUUAACCAGUGUAAAGAAGAAAUAUUCUCUAAAAUUCAAUCUUUACCAUCCAUGGAAGAUUUGGAGAAAGACAUUUUCAAAGAAGUAAACCUGUCGUAGCAUAACAGAUUGUUAGGAAUGUAAAUGUACAGAUAAAUGUAUAUAUGAAGUGCUAAUGUAUAGCAGCAUGUUAUCUAUAUUUAUAGAAGCAUACAUGUCAAUGUGUAUAUACCAUGAUUACAGUUAUUAGUAAUGAAUUGUUUUAGUUCCCAUAUGAUUUAUUGUGAAAAAAACUCUUUUUUUCUAGUAGUUAAAAGCACUUAAAUUUGUUUUAUAUUGUAAAUUCAACAAAUUUUUCAAGGAUUAUUAUGAAAAUAGUGGACAAAAAAAUGAAAUUCACUUUAAAAAGUUAGCAUUUUCUGAAAAAUAACAAUAAUUAUCAAAGUAUUAUUUUUGUCCAUUUGUCAAAUUUUGUCUAUCUUUGUCGUCAAUUUUCAGGGAAAGUUUUUACAAGUAGCAUCAAGACUUGAACAUUUUUAACAUCUUAAAAUUUUACAGUAAGUAGUUUUUAGAACCCUAUAUAUUUUAUAAGUUCAUUUUCUGAAGACCAACAUGUUAUCUUUUCAUUUGAUUAAUUUUGCAACAUCUUAUACAUAUCCUUCUAAAAUUCCUCAUAUCUUUUCUGCAUUAAUUUUAAUGGAAUAACCCUUGAUCAAUAUUUUAAUUGUAUUAAUUGUUUAAGUAGAUUAGCACUGAAAGGGUCAGGGCUGUUCUAAACAUAAUCAACGGGGA